GCACACUACUCACUGCUUCAAACGUUCAGCUCCCCUCUUCCUUCAUUGCUGCCUUGGAAACGCGCUCUUUGACGGAUUUGUGACCCAUGGCCGACGUCUCUGACGAGAAGAUUCAAGAAGCCUAUCAGGACGUGCGUUCCAAAUCGGACACGAACUGGUUGCUCUUGGACUAUGAGUCUGACCGUUCCGACGUCCUUCAUGUGACGAGCACCGGGACGGGGGGCCUCGAAGAGCUACGGGAGCACCUGGAUGAUGGCAAGGCAUCUUUCGCGUAUGCACGCGUGACCUACUCCAACGACAAGGAAUCUCAACGAGAGAAGUUCAUCCUUGUGGUUUGGAUCGGGCCCAAUUGCAAGGUCAUGCGCAAGGCGAAAAUCUCCGUGCAUGCCGCCGAUGUCAAGUCCGUGCUCCGCGUUUACUCCAUCGAGGUUGCCGCAAGGGAGAAGGAUGACCUCAAGGAAGAGCCCAUUGUCGUUAGGUUACGCAAGGCCGGCGGCGCGAGUUACGAUGGCGUUUAACAAGAUACGAAUGUCAUCUGUCUCUGCCUUUCAUUUCUUUCCGCAAUCCUCACAAUCAUCGCUCUUCUCUCUCCAUUGGUCGUUGUACAUGGACUCGGCUCGGGACAUAAGUGACAUGUUAUUUACAAGAGCACUAUCGACCUGUCCGAAGCGACGGUCCCUCAUGCGCACUACUGAGUUGGUCUUCUGGAACGGCCGGAAGCAAGGCAAUAUGUGCACAAUAAAGCUCGAUUGUGGUAAUUGAGUAUGCUCCUCACUACGCUCAACCGAAUUUUUUGAGUUCUUCUAUUCCUUUUUCUUCCAAACGCAUGCCCAUCCAUUCGGACAUCGGGGUAGCGUGCAACUUCUUCUCGUAAAAAUCAAUUGAUGGUUGAUUCCACUUCAACACGGACCAAUCCAUACGCGCACAGUUAUUCUCCUGGGCUACCUUCGCCAAUUCGGCAAAUAGAGCUUUGCCUAUCCCUUUGCUACGCGCCUCAGGGACGACAUAAAGAUCCUCGAGGUAUAAGCCAGGUCUCCCGGUCCAAGUGGAGUAGUUGAAGAAAUACAUCGCCAUCCCUAACGGUUCCUUUGGCUCUGCAGCUGUCCCCUCGAAGGCAAGGAGAGUAUGCGCAUAGCGCUUUUCGAAGAGAUUCUGCCGGAGGAGUUCGGGAGUAGCCUUCACAGAUUCCGGUUCCUUCUCAUAGGUUGCCUACAGGGACCAAUUCGAAUCAAUGGAUUCUGACCACUGUCAAACCGGAUUUAUCGUACAAGAUCAAUGAUCAAUUUCAGUAUGGUGUCCUAUGCUGGCCUUGGAUCAACUUCGUUGGGCAUGUAACAAGGAUCAUUAUUCCCGUACGAUGUCAUCGACGGUU